CUGGAUCAAUUAUUUCUCAACAAUUCUCGUCCAAAAUAACAACAACAAUGUCUACGUACAAUAGUGAUCGAGAAGCAGAAAUUAAAGCAUUUGAUGAAACAAAAUUAGGAGUUAAAGGAAUUGUUGAUGCUGGUGUUACAACCAUUCCCUCUAUCUUCAUUAACCCGUAUGCUAAACUAAAACAACCCCCAUCACCAAAAACCAACACAAUUGAUGGUGAUGGUCGAUUUAAUUUCCCAAUCAUUGAUCUUCGUGAUAGCAAAAAAGAUUUAACCCAUUGGAAGAAGAUAGUUGAGGAGAUUCGAGAAGCGUCAGAGACAUGGGGCUUUUUCCAAGUGAUGAACCAUGGAAUUCCAGACGUGAUUUUGGAAGAGACAUUGAAAGGAGUGAGAGAAUUUUUUGAGCUAGAUAAUGAGGUGAAGAAAGGUUACUAUUCAAGAGACUUUGUGAACGAUAAGUUCGUUUAUCAUAGCAAUUCCGAUCUCUAUAGUUCAGUUGCAGUUAAUUGGAGAGAUAGUUUUGUUUGUUAUAUGUCUCCUAAUCCUCCUAGUCCCGAAGAUUUGCCUCUGCCAUGCAGGGAGAUACUAAUAGAAUACUCAAAGCAAAUUAUGAAGGUGGGGAACAUAUUGUUCGAGAUACUAUCAGAGGCACUAGGAUUGGAAAAAUCCCACCUACAUGAAAUGGGUUGUCUUGAUGGGUUAAGUCUUUUAGGCCACUAUUAUCCAGCUUGUCCACAACCGGAAUUGGCAAUUGGUAUCCCAAAACAUGCUGAUGGUUCCUUCAUAACGAUUUUGUUGCAAGACAAAAUUGGUGGUCUCCAAGUUCUUCACCAAAAUUAUUGGGUUGAUGUUCCUUGUACUCAUGGGGCUUUAGUCGUUAAUAUUGGGAAUGCUAUACAGUUGGCUACAAACGAUAAAUUCAAAAGUGUGGAACACAGAGUACUUUCUAAGUAUGUAGGACCAAGAAUAUCAAUUGGAUCUUUUUUCAGCACAUUUUAUCAAGAGACAUCUAAAAAGUUCGGACCUAUUAAGGAAUUACUAUCUGAUAAAAAUCCUCCAAAGUAUCGAGAGAUCACAAUGAAAGAGUAUUAUGUGUACGCCAACAAAAAAGGAUUUGAUGGAACCUCUAACCUCCAACAUUUCAAGAUUUGAUCAUUUGCAUUGAAGUUCAUGUAUUUUUUUUUCUGGUGCAAGCAUUGAAGUUCAUAUAUGUCUUAUAAGGAGGUCUAUAAUUAUUGUCAAGUAUUCAGGGUAAAUAAGGGGCUAUUAGGUUCCAAACUGCUUUAAGUUUGUUUUAGACAAUUUAUUUAACUUGUCGCGGCGUGAUUUUAAGAAAAGUAAU